GCAUGGACGACUGCGUCCGCUGUGCCCACGCCUUCGGAGAGAAACUGGCAGAGAUGCUGCACGUUCCCGUUUAUCUGUACGGAGAAGCGGCUCGAACGCCAGCGAGGAGGGCGCUCCCGUCUGUGCGAGCUGGAGAGUACGAGGCUCUGCCCGACAAGCUCUGUCGGCAGGAGUGGGCUCCUGACUUCGGCCCCCCCGUCUUCGUGCCAUCGUGGGGCGCCACGGUUACCGGCGCUCGGAAGUUCCUCAUCGCCUACAACAUCAACCUGAUCAGCACCAAAGAGCAGGCUCACCGCAUAGCGCUGGACAUCCGGGAGCAGGGGCGGGGCCAAAAUCAGGUGCAUGCUGGGAGUUCGCUAUUGAAAACUGUUGCCUCAUGUCUUUGAUGUGAACCUCCUCAGGAGAGCCACCGACAUGCUGUCGCCAUGGCAACGGAGGAAACUUGGAUCAGGAAUUACACGGCUCUCAAGCGCCGCCUGCAGUUCAACUGUAGAACUACAACUUCAGUCUUUCUAUCUGAAACACCCCCAGGAGUGGUCAAGGGGUGUGAGGUGGUUAGGACACGACAAUCUCAGGUCUUCCAGUCCAUCUGCAGAGAUCUUGAUCCUAAUCCAUUAUCCAAUAUUAUCAUCAACACAAAACUGAUGAGGCUCCAUCUCUGUCAAAGGACAGAACACAUAAGGCAGAUUAUCAAAUGUAUUGGAUGGAAGACAAUAACAGCUGGAGUGUUGGUUUCAGAGUGGACCAAGGCCAGAACAACAAGGCCAACCUACAAAUCUUGCCUUCAAAAAUAAAAUAAACCAAAAAACAAUAACUAACCUCCUGAAUCCAACAAAACCAGGAGAAAACAUGGGUCAAAGAACAUGGCGGUCCACUCCUACAACUCUAACAUUAAUGCUUUGGGAGAGGUGGGAGAUGAGCCUCCUUCAGUCUUCUUCCUGGAGCCUUUUAUAGUAGGUGGU